AUGACGCUCGCAGAAGAGUUCAAGUCGAGGAAUUUCAGUAUCUACGGACAAUGGACCGGAGUACUGUGUAUAGUCCUCUGCUUUGCGCUGGGCAUCGCCAACAUCUUCAACGCCAACUGGGUCAUCGCGUUUAGUAUCGUGUGCUUAGUAUGCUCCUUCAUCAUCAUCUUCAUCGAAAUACCGCUGCUCCUCCGCAUCUGCCCGACUUCACCCAAGUUCGACACCUUUAUUCGCAAAUUCAGCUCCAACUACAUGCGCGCGGCCAUCUACGCGGCGAUGAGCGCCAUACAAUGGGCUAGCAUCGCUGCCCGGGCUACAAGUCUGAUCGUCGCGGCCGUCUUCCUUCUGCUCGCAGCCGUCUUCUAUGCGCUUGCUGGUUUCAAGGGUCAGCAAUUCCAGGGCAGCAAGACGCUUGGUGGACAGGGAGUUGCCCAGAUGAUUAUAUAG